AUGAGGCAACUAAUUGUUCAGAUGGUAUAUUAUAAGACAAAUAUGGGAGUUCUAACAGAUGCAUACGAUGCAAUUUUAGUGGAAAUCGACCUUGAUUAUUUUGAUGAACAUAGGCAAAAGUUUGUACCCUCUGAAGGAGCCAAGGUUAUAACACUCAGAAACAGAGUUUUGAAUUGUCGAUCUACUGCACCUACAUUACGAGAAUGUCUAAUGCACUUUUUCUUUAAGGCUAUUGUUGAUGACAAUGCUUUUGAAACUUAG